AUGACGACAGAACCAAAUUCAGAGUCCAGCGCGGACCAGCAGGAGGCCAGUGCGGUUCCACCCCUGGAGGCGGACUCUUUCCCCCCGGCCGCCACCCACAGCACGCCCGUCAGGAAGAAGCAGGUUAGCCACACCCACAAAAUAUAGCACCGUCACAGAGUUUCUAAACCCAGAGAUGCAACAUCGCGAGACUUCCGGGAACGCUUGCGAAGCAGACCAAGUAGACCACACGGGUUUGGGGUUUGAGAAGUAAAACAUUCUUCCUUAGAUGUUAAUUUUCUCGAAGUCUAAAGGCACAACCUAGAUUCGAGCCAAUGACUUAAGUAGUCAAACAUGUUAUUACGCCAACCUCGUGAAAGUGACAAACUAAAACAUUUUCAUUUUCGUCAAAAACAACUUUAUAUCGAAGGAGUGCCUUUGAUUUGACGGCACGAGACAUCCAUUAGACCUGAUGAUGUGUUUCAGCGCAUGAGCUUAGCUAGCCAACGUUGCCAUGACAUCGCCUACAAGCGUGAUCGGGGAUUUCUACUGGAGAAGCCUAUCUUCGUACUGUACUGUCUUUGGCACCGUCAUCCUCAUUUAGCCUAUACAGGAAGUGACGUGGGAAUAAGCUUUAAAUGGCUGAAUUUGAAACUUUUGAUACAAUAUCAAACAGCCACAGUAGUACUAUUCAGGUUUAUAAUAAACAAGUGUCCAAAUAAUUUGUCCUUAAAGGGCUACUUUGGGAUUUUGGCAAUGAAGCCAUUUAUCUACAGUAUCAUGACUGGUUGUGUUCAUGACACAUUAAAAAGUAAUUCAUUUUUACCAUUUAAAUGACGUAUUUAUUAUUAGAAGAAAAAAAAAUGAGACCCCCCCUCCCUAUUUAUUCCACUUGACCAUUCGUGUCACAACUUGUUUGGUCCAAAACAACACAUUAUCAUAAUCAUACCACUUUAACAUUCCAUUCAAAGUGCUAUGUUAAAACCUGUGCCCCCCUGUCCAGAACGGCGAGAGAGCGGAGGGAGGCGUGGUCCCACAGGGGAAUCAGCUUGAGCCAUCGCAGGUGGAGGAGGACAGGACCUCACACAGGUCGUCCAUCAGUAAGCUGUCCAGGUCCCCCGGUGGAGGCCGGAGCGUCCGCAGCUACAGGGCCAUGCAGUGCAAGGUCACCCUGCUCGAUGGCUCCGACUACACCUGCGUGGUGGAGGUGGGUGCAGGGGGUCACCGCUUGGGGUCGGGGUUGAGGGGAGGUGAGUUUAGCAGGUAGGUGGGUUAAUGUGCGUGUAGGGAUGGGUUGGUGUGUGUGUGUGUGUGUGUGUUGCAGAGUUCACCAGGGAUAGAGAUGGGAGGAUCAGAGAGGGCAGGACAUUUAUUUAUCAAAGUUAGUCUCACUGACAUAUACUUUCUUUCUCAAGACGUACUUUGUGGGGUUGGCUCACAGUUGGCUUGAGGUUGUUUUUUUAUCACGCUGAAUCGAUGACGUCUCCUUAUACAAAUUCACCUCGGUCUACAUGAAUUGGGUGGACAUUAAUGGUAUUGCUCUACUGGAAGUCUCUAAUGCUGACAAAAUAGGUUAGCAAGCUCAUCUAUAUGCAUGGAUCUUCCUUUAUUUCCUGUAUUCUCUGAUCUUAACAUAAUUAAAGGCUAUCGAAGCUUGCCCCAAUGGAAUUCACUCUGCUUUUAACGGUAUUGAAAUAAACUCCCCUUAGACCUAAUACUUGGCUGUAUACAUUGAAAAACACCCCAUCCCCCAACGGUGCAUAAUCAGACAGAGCUUUUUGGGCCAACUCGCCGUUUUCCUUCUAAGCAGACAUGAUCCAUCACUCUGUAUAUAUCUGUCCAUUCCUACACAUUUACUGCUUUGUCUCAACAUAAAAACAGAGGCUCUGUUCUUCAGCUUCCAGCAAACUCUGUUGGUCAAGAACUGGAGAGAAACCAAUCUAUUAGUGCAGUUUGAGCCCCAGGCUGGAUUUGGCUUAGUCGGUACAUCCAAUGGAAAAAGAUAAUAAAGCAUUGUGGCCGGUUGGCUCGGUCGUUCGUUUGGUCGCUCUGUGUUGGUGGCCAUGGGAAAGCGACAUUGCAAAGAGAGGGGUGUGCCUCCGGCCUUAACAUGCUGCAGCGAUUAUUGACUGGCUCUUUCCCUGGCAGAGAGGACAGAGGAGAGAUAGACGGGGGGAGGAUUGAGAGAGGGAAGAGAGGGGUGGCAGGGGGAAGAGUGGAUGACAAGGGAGGAGAGGAUGGAGAGGGAUGAGAGGGGAUGAGGGAGAAGAGGACAGAGGAGGAAGAGAGGGGAUAAGAGAGAGGAGGAGGAUGAGGGAGGAGAGGACAGAGGAGAGGACAGAGGGGAUAAGAGAGAUGAGAGGACAGAGGAGGAAGAGAGGGGAUAAGAGAGAUGAGAGGACAGAGGAGGAAGAGAGGGGAUAAGGGAGGGGAGGAGAGAUAUGGUAAUUUUCUGGCUUUGCUGUGGAGAGGAGAGUGGGAUAGAGGUCAGGAGAGAGGGGAAAGGAGAGGGAGAGAGGAGUGGAAAGGCUUGAGGGGAGAAGGGAGAUGGAUACACUCUUAGAAAAAAGGGUUCCAAAAGGGUUCUUUGGCUGUCCCCACAGGAGAACCCUUUUUGGUUCCAGAUAGAACUAUUUUGAGUUCCAUGUAGAACCCUCUGGGAAAAGGGUCUACAUGGAACCCAGUAGGUUUCUACCUGGAACCGAAAGGUUUCUACCUGGAACCAAAAAGGGUUCUUCAAAGGGUUCUCCUAUGGGGACUACCGAGUAACCCUUUUAGAUUCUAGAUAGCACCUUUAGAGAGAGGUGAGAGAGGGGCAAAGAGUUUACUGAGGGGAUAAAAAGAGAGAAGCGCAGAGAGAGGGGGAUGAUGGCGUGACAUGGGGCGGCGCACAAUUGGCCCAGCGUCGUCCAAGGUAGGGGAGGGUUUGGCCGGCAGGGAUGGCGUUUGCAAUGCCAGGGUUGUGGGUUCGAUUCCCAUGGGGGGCCGGUAUGAAAAAAAAUGAUGUAUGCACUCACUAACUGUAAGUCGCUCUGGAUAAGAGCGUCUGCUAAAUGACUAAAAUGUAAAUGUAAUGUAAAUGUGACGUCCCCUCCUCUCUCGCAGUGACAUGCACAGUGUCAUGUCUGUCACAGGCCACUCCGCUUCCGAGUCAUCAUUGUCGCUCUGACCUCCCAAGUCACCUCCACAACAUUCCACUUAACUACCCAUCAGCCCCCAUCAAUGCCACAACAACACUCCUAUGGUGAAUCCAAAUCACCCCCUACCAACUCGCUCGGAGGGCCCUCCGUUGUCACGUGUUGCUGACAAAACUCUGAGGAUGACUUCCAGAGAGUGGUGAUGGGAUCAAUGAACCCAUCAACUUCGGGACACACUCGUUAAAUAGUGAAAUGAGUAUGAAAUUCAAAUGAACAAAUCCCCCCUUACAAGAUAUAAACCUCAGAAAACAAUUCAACAUUUAAUUUGGGAGGUAUUUCAUCUGUUAGCUUCAUGUGUCAAGUCUCGAAAUCAGACAUAAACAAAUGCAUGUGGAAUAUAAUUAGGCAUGCCUCUCCAUUCUUUUGUAUCAAAUUGCUCAAACUCCAAACAUAUCGCGGUGUGUGUCGGGAUAGCACUUCGCACUGAAGCCUGAAGCCUUGCUGGCUUGGCCGAAGUGGUUAUCGGAGGGUCUAAUUAGCUCCUAAACCCUCAAUAAUUUUCACUCCCUCAGCAUUGGGACACUUGUGCUUUUGGCGGAGGUGUGCGGGAAUGAGCAAAUGGAGGGGCGAGGGGAAAGGGAAGGAAGUGAUUUGGAAUUCAGCCCUAGUAAUGGAUGUAGCAACGUAGAGUAGCUAGGGAAGUGAAAACACGUUUUUGUCUCUAUUUCUGUUUGUCCUCGUAGUUCAGUAGCUACAUUCUUUGUUUGGAUGUUGUUUGGGUCACUCAGACAGUGAGUGACAUCGCUGAAGUGCUCUUUCUGGUGAUUGGAACGGGAAAUUAAGGCUGCAGAGAUUAUCCUCUUUAGCGUUAGCUGCUAGCUGCCCAAGGCUAAUGCACAUAGUUGAUAUUGUUCCUAUAUUACUGGGUGUUUAAUAAGGUUGCGGUGGUUAAGUGGUACCCCAAGGGGCUGUAUGACCUGGGAAAUGACUUGACCGCGUUUCAUGGUAAAUCACGAAGAUAAGCAUGUUCCUCAUUUACAAAAAGAUGGGAUUUUGUUGUCUCCUGUGUGUUUCUUGCUGCACACAUCCGCACGCACACACACACACACACACAAACACACACUGUUAUUUUGUACUUUUUUAGCUUGGAUGGGAUAACUUCUGUAUAGCCCAUCUCAAGUAUUCAUUCUGACACUUGGUUUGUCUCCGUUUUAACACACCUAGCUACUACUCCAGAAACACUACAAAAUAACCCUCCUAAUAUUUCCCAGUUUUACCACACCUUGUCCUCUACGAAAUACAUUUACAAAUAUAACCCUUCUAAUCUUUCUCCGUUUCAAGGUGACAUAUUUGGAAGAAGUCUACUACAAUAUGUGUCAGCCCCCAUUUCCCCUGACUUAAUUAACCAAUUUUUACAGAGUGUUAAGGCAUGUUGCUAAUUUGGAGCUAGCAAUAGGAGCCUCAUAGGUUGACGUAUAUUGGCUCAGAGAGCCUUGGAUCUCACCCUGCAAGGGCCAGGCAGGGUAACAGUCAUUAGUACAGUGAUCACGAUGUGACACAACAUGGUGUGAUGUUGGGAGAUGGGAGUGGAGCCCUUUUAACAGGCAACCCCCUCCCCCAUAGAGAGUUGAGUUAUGGUAGGAAGACUGGCACCCACAGCGGCAGACAUGACUGUGUGUGUGUGAGUGUGUGCGUGAGUGUGUCUGGAUACUCUUUCCAGUGCCUAUCUUUCAUUAAAUGGCUCCUGACCCCGUCGGAGGAAUACAUCACAAUUUAGUGCAAUGACACACCAUUAUCAUUCAGGAGGGGUUUGAUAAUAGACACCAUUAUCAUUCAGGAGGGGUUUGAUAAUAGACACCAUUAUCAUUCAGGAGGGGUUUGAUAAUAGACACCAUUAUCAUUCAGGAGGGGUUUGAUAAUAGACUCCAUUAUCAUUCAGGAGGGGUUUGAUAAUAGACACCAUUAUCAUUCAGGAGGGGUUUGAUAAUAGACACCAUUAUCAUUCAGGAGGGGUUUGAUAAUAGAAAAAUGGUAUGCAGCAGUAAUCUGUCCAGUGUACGUUCGUAGCAUUUAUAGAAUGUAACCUAAGAAUCGAGCCCUAAGUGUUUCUCAUGUGUGUUUCUUCUCUAUGUGCAGAAACGGGAGAGAGGCCAUGUGUUAUUCGACAAAGUUUGUGAGCAGCUCAACCUCCUGGAAAAGGACUACUUUGGCAUCACAUUCCGGGAUAUCGAAAACCAAAAGGUGGAAUUUCUCUUUUUGAUUUUGCUGUGUAAUUAGGGGUGUUUUUGUUAUUUUGUAGAGGUGAAUUGACACUGGCCUCUUGAAUUCUCCCAGAACUGGUUAGACCCAUCCAAGGAGAUGAAGAAACAGAUCAGAGGUGCGUGGAAUAUGGGUAUUUGGAUAUUAUUUAUCCGCAUGGUUUGAAUGUUAGCCAGCAUGCUAGUUACUCAGGCUUAAAGGCGCAAUCUGUGGUCUUUCCGACUGUUCAAUGGUCAUUUCAAUUAACCGUUUGUUUUUGUACACUCCAGGAGUCGCCUGGAAUUUUUCAUUCAACGUGAAGUUCUACCCUCCAGACCCAGCCCAGCUGUCUGAGGAUAUUACAAGGUAACACUUUCUAUAGUUUCACCUUCGGGACGCGGUCCACUAGGUCCUUUUUCAAGAGGUUUUAUAUAUUUGUACCUUUGGGAUGUCUACAUUCACCAAAUAGCUGUCUGAAUCACCUGGGAUGUUUUUCUUCUUCUGUCCUCAGGGUUUUAAAUUAGCAUAAUAACACAUUUUUUAAAUCAAUUCAUUACUGUGCUUUGUGCAUUUGGCUGCCAAUUAACUCUCUCUUUCUCUUGUUUUUCUCCUUUCUCUCACACCUCUUUUUCUCCUACACAAACUCCCUUCCUCACUCCCCUUUCUCUUUCCUCACCCCUCUUUCUCUGUCCCUCACACCUCGUCCCCCCUCUCCCUCUCAGAUAUUACCUGUGCCUCCAGUUGAGGGAUGACGUGGUGUCGGGGCGUCUGCCCUGCUCCUUUACCACCCACACGGUGCUGGGAUCCUACACGGUUCAAUCAGAGCUGGGGGACUACGACCCAGAGGAGUCUGGGACGGACUACGUCAGCGAGUUCCGCUUUGCCCCCAACCAGACCAAGGAGCUGGAGGAGAAGGUCAUGGACCUGCACAAGAACUACAAGUCAGUCUGUUUGUUUGUCUGUCUAGAACUACAAGGCAGUCUGUUUGUCUGUCUGUCUAGAACUACAAGUCAGUCUGUUUGUCUGUCUGUCUAGAAAUACAAGUCAGUCUGUUUGUCUGUCUGUCUAGAACUACAAGUCAGUCUGUUUGUCUGUCUGUCUAGAACUACAAGGCAGUCUGUUUGUCUGUCUGGCUAGAACUACAAGUCAGUCUGUUUGUCUGUCUGUACAUCUUUCUGUCUGUCUGUCUAUAUAACCUAUUGGAAGAGACUGUCAUGGACUGAAAAGUUACUCUCAAAAACCAAUACAAAACCCUCUCUCUGUGUGUGUUUGUCUCUCUCUCCAGAGGAAUGAUGCCAGCUGAGGCUGAGAUGCACUUCCUGGAGAACGUGAAGAAGCUGUCCAUGUACGGAGUGGACCUUCACCAUGCCAAGGUAAAGGGGCCGUAUUAAACUUAUAUAAAACAUAGUCUACCUGUUAUUGACCCCAACCCUGUUGGUUUUUUCAAAAUGUCUGCCCUGCCAUGAAUUGUUGUUAUGACCUGCAUGAUUCUGCCUUGUUCCCUGUCCUUUGACCGCGAGCAGCUUGAAUAGCCAUUUGGAUCUUUGUUGUUUGAAUCCUUAGAUCCAAACCAUGGUGUUAUGUACUGCCCUCAGUGACACUUCAAACCCCACAAGUGCAGGAGAAUGAAUGAUAUCACUUACAUAUGCUCUGAAAUUAUCUAAUUUAACCUUGCUACCAAAGGAAUUAUUUUAGCCUGUCAAAGGUGUGGACACUGUUCAUGGUCUGCCUAUCACUAGCUAAUGUCCUCUCUGUUUUGUGUUAAAUGUUGUUCUAGUUGUUACUUUGUGCCUCUGUUGGUUGUUUAUGUUGUUUGCAGCUGGGGAUGACAUUUAACUAAUCACCUAUCAACACACCACUGUUAUAUAACCAAGCAAAUCAAAAACCCGCCCAAUUCGCUGGCAUAGAUUUGAAUGGACUUGGCACGGUUAGAUAAAAGAACAUUGUCAGAUUGAAUAUACUCAAGAAGCAAUAGGAGAGGAGAAAGAGCUUGUUUUAGAUUUUAGCUGAACUUUUUACAAAUAUGGUUAUUUUUUGUCUUUAUCAAAGAAACAUUGUUUGGAAAAUGGUAUAUCUGUUGCCAGCCAUGUAAAUAUAGCCUGACCCAGCUGUGUAAUGGGGGUUAUAUCAUCUGACCUCAUGUAACCCCAACGCACCAUGAGGAAAAAUCGUUCACCCAAAACCGUUUCACAACACCUCCUAGCACCAAUUGCAUCAGAGAGUAAACAUAGUGUUUUGUCAUGAAAAAAUCCACAUUAAAUAAAGACAUGCUGCUCUAGCACUUAUGAUUUGCGUUAAUAACCAAAUAAAAUAGAACACAUAAAAACACUCAUAACAGACUCACUGAUGUCAUGGAAACCUUCCCUCCGUUUGGUCAGAUCAGACUAUGUUUUUUUCUUUUCUUUUCUUAUUCUUACUGAAUGGCCUAGUUGGUAGGAAGCCUGUUUGAGUGCUUGUCUCCAGCUAAGGGCGAGGUAAGGCUUGCAUUUUGUUUGUGUGUAUGUAUAGUUACAUGUGUCCCCGUCUGAAAACCCCUGUCUUCGUGCAUGACCAUGGACUGUUAGUGUUCAUCGUUUGGGGCUGUGGGUUUGUCUCACUACAAUUUCGAGUUGACAUUGUGGAUGAUUGUAGUUGUAAUUUCUUAGGUGGCUGUUGUGAGGUGUAGGACAUCGCCCCCCCCCCAUGGUAGACCGCACUCCCCUCAUAGCCACAGUGCUCAUAUCCCGCUCACACAGAGUUGUGGACCCCCCUCUGUCGCCCCAUCUGCUCUGUGACACCCCGACUGUGCUCAUCUGCAGACUUUAAGACCUUUUGGGGAAGGCCUCCUCAUUGUGAUGUCAUGUGACUAGUAUCCGCCAUCUUAACCCCACAUUUAGGCUACAUCCAAUAUCCACAUUAACAUGCCUCUUGAAUGAAGCAAUUAGGCAUGUAUUCUAAGUGGGAUGCUAGUGUGGACAUUGGAACAUGGAAUUUGACUUUAGACAGAAUAGAUGUCAAUGUAGUCACAGACUCCGCCUCAUGAGUGAUAGACUCCUCCAUCACCCUAACAUUCACUGUCCUUGCAAUGCCAUCAUAUGGUGAUGUACGUAGGUGUAUGAAUGAAUGUUUAGACAAAAUGCCCACUGCAGCCUUGUAGACCUUCAGCAUCCAUGGAUCAGGAAAAAGGAGCACAUUUCAUAGUACACCACAGCUGAAAAUACCUCAGCUUUGCUCGGUACUACCCUAAACUACAUUUAAAUAGCUAAGACACGUACAUCAUUGUGCUCUGUAAAUUGGCUCUCAAUUGCUUCCUCCCCUCAUCUCCUUAACUUCGUCUGCACUGAUUGGAACGUGACAGGUAAAAACAAUAUGGUGCAAGAUCAUCAUUAGCCUGGCUUUCACCUGUUCAGUUCUUUCAGCUGCGUGCAAUGAAGGAGAGAAGGCAAGGAGUGGACAGACUUUUUAGACAAUUGAGAACGAGCCCAGUACUUGCUCAUGGCUACAAAGCCAGACAGAUCACUAGUGAAAGUAGGAGCUGUGAAAAGAGGUGAUUUUAGUAUAAAUAAUUGGUUUCCGGUAAUGUAGGUCAUUUUCUUGUCUCUUGAGUUCUUGGUUCGGCAACAGUUUAUGAAAUAUGUUCAUCAACAUUACGACAGCUCUCAUUAUGUUUUCAUUUCAAUUAUCCUUUUUUUAGAAAGCUAAUUUGAAUCCUUCAUUGAAUAAUGCAUUGUAUUUGGCUUGCCGUAUCGCCAGUCAUCUCAGGCUGCCUCACUUCUUUGUAGGAGAAAGUGGUGGUGUCUGGAUAAUGUCAACCAUAUAUUUUUUCAACAAUCAGAAACCUUUUUUUGCCUGGUUGUCAAUCUGUUUUGGCAUUAGUCAACUACUCUGCCGUUAUUAUGUUUGGUAGAGUCUAGCAAAGAUUAGGAAUAAGUCUAUGGGCAUACUGUAGACCAGGGUUAUUAUAACUCCACGCCAGGAGGAACUAAACACUUCUGGACUCUCUGGGCCAAUAAAUGACAUUAAUCAAUCAAUCAAUGAAUUGCUAGGUAGUAAUCAAAACCAGGAGCCCUUUGGCCCUUCAGGCAUGGAGUUGAAUAGUCCUGCAGACAGUAAACUAAGGACAACAACCAAUAGGUGAGCUGACUAAAACCAAAACUGACUUGACACCUAGGCUACCUCAAUGUGAGACUAGUAACAAAAUUCCAGAAACUUUCCCAAAGUUCCCAGGUUUUUCAGAAAUCCCACUUUGUGGAAGUUUCAGGAAUUUUGCAACCCUGAGUCUAGUUUGAGUAGUGCCAUGUUGUUAACCAUACUUCCUAACAUUCUUUCCCAGGAUUCCGAGGGUGUUGAGAUCAUGUUGGGCGUGUGCUCCAGUGGUCUUCUGAUCUACCGUGACCGCUUGCGCAUCAACAGGUUCGCCUGGCCCAAGGUCCUCAAGAUCUCCUACAAAAGGAAUAAUUUCUACAUCAAACUACGCCCUGGAGAGGUAAGCAUGUCAGCAUAUGGCCCUGCUGACAUGAAAGCACGUCACAUGAAAGAAAUGUCACGAUCCUGUUUCAUAUAUGUAGGUAGUAUGCACAUCACAUAGAAUGGCAUCACAUAGAACAGGGUUCCCCAACUGGUUUGGCCCACGGGUGGUUUUAUUUAAAUAAAUAAAUAGGCAAUUAAUUGUUGGACAUAAAAGACUGUAAAAACACCAGCAAAUCAGCUCCAAGUGAUUUUAAUUUAAGAAAUCAAUUCCUAAGUAUUCCCACGCAUAAUAGAGAGACACAUGGUCGUAUACAAAUGUAUGGAAGGUUUGAAAUUAUUAUGUUUUAGUCUAACAUUAUAUCUGUUUGGGCUUCUUGCGGUCAAUUUGCAGUCUAGAAAUCAUUUGUAAUUAUGUUCCGGCCCCCCCGACCAUCCCUGACAUUGAAUGACUCGUGUGUGUAUUCUUUCUGUAUGUUUUGUCGUCAGUUUGAGCAGUUUGAAAGCACAAUCGGGUUCAAGCUCCCCAACCAUAGGGCGGCCAAGAGAUUAUGGAAGGUUUGCGUGGAGCAUCACACCUUUUUCAGGUGAGACCUGGGCCAUCACAUCAAUGUGUAGACAUCUGCCAUUUCAGUGGAGGGUUUUGGAUGUAAAUCCAUAGUUAUUGUACAUUGUCUUGGUUAACUUCAUGCUGGGUUGGAACAAAAGCCUGCACACCCUGCUUCCCUCCAGGACCAUUUGCCCAUCCCUGCUGUAAUAGUGUGUCUUUCUUGACCUCUAGGUAGAUUAAUGUCUCCUCUUUGUUCUCUGCCCUCACCAUUCCUCUCUGUCCUCUAGGUUGGUGUCUACAGAAACUCACCCCAAGAAGUUCCUAAACAACAUUCCUCUGUGUCCUCUAGGUUGGUGUCUCCAGAAACUCCCCCCAAGAAGUUCCUAAACCUGGGUUCUAAGUUCCGCUACAGCGGAAGAACCCAGGCCCAGACGCGACGAGCGAGCUCCCAGAUCGUCCGCCCGGCGCCCCGCUUUGAGCGCUCCACCAGCAAGCGCUACAUCAUGUCGCGCAGCCUGGACGGAGGUUCGUAGUCCCGUCAACCUUUUUCUUUGAAGCGGUUAGGAAUGAAGGAGGAUUGUAUCACAUUUCUCCCCAUAGAGUUUGUGUUGGGGAAGUUAGCCUGAAAGCAUACUACAGGACAAAGCAAGCUACAGGACAUUAUUAAACAACCAAACCUAAAUCGUCACACUUAUGAAAAUCAUAUGUUGCCCUUGUCCUCAGUGUUCAUGUCCACACUUUUCUGAAGUAUUUGUUUCUAAGCUGUUCAAGUCAGAGGGAUUUACAGUAUCCAGAGAUGUUUUUACAUGCAUCUCAGGCACCAAUCAAUCAAUGCACCCAUCUGUCAUAAUGGUCAUACCACUGCACACCUUGUGACAUCUGUCAAUCAAUCACACUUGAUUUGGUCUUCAAAACCAUUGACAUUCACUCAAGUCCUCCUAGACCUGUCAUUGGCUUACAAGUGUCACUGGCGUGAAUAGGCAAUACUUUCCUUUGAAUAUCCCUAGAACGAUAGUUGAUAUUCUCCACAGAGCCAUUUUGGUCGCCGUUUGUCUUGAAAGUGGUCGCUUGCUUGUCAGCUUCAACAUUUCCUAGUCUAAAUGAAAGCUUAAGAGAACCUCCCUAAGCAGCCAUGCUAUGAAGUCUCUAAAGCCUCACUACGCCGCUCAGACUAAUUACAGUUUGUAGCCAUUGUUAUCCUCGCCGCUCUGCACUCACAAUGCCUUUUUAUCCCCUGAAAGCACCCAGUGCCGUCCCUCACUCCCCUGUCUUUAUCAACCAGUCCCAGACCAAGGGAAAUGUCCUUUAUUUUUCAAGCCAGCUCACAGAGGAAGCCGCAGUUAAAUGGCACGUAGUGACGACGGCUGUGUAUGAAGAGGGAAUCGAAAAGAUAGUUUAUUUAUUAUCGCCACAGGGAUUUACCAGGCGCCCCAUUGUGUUGUUUUGUCAUCUUCGCUUGACGAUGCACCCUCUGCUUUUGUUCUCCCCCGUUCACUGAAAAAAAUUAAUUCGUUUUUUUAUUUUAUUUAUGCCACCCCCCCCCCAUGUCAUAUCUGAGCUGUGGCAAAAAUCUGUCUGUUUGAAUGCAAAUGUUGCUGUCUCAUUUAGGGGUGAAGAGCUUUUUUGGCUGAAUUUCACUAGCUAACUGACGUGAAAGAGAGACUCGUCCAAUUGGCUGUGAUAUCAAUUGAAUAUGAGCCACCCUGGGGCCCAUAUUAGAUCAGUAUCAUUGGACCGAAAAGGCAACAUUGAUUUUUCUGUCUCAACUCUUCAUUGAUGGGAGAAAGUUGACUGUCUGUUCUCAUCCCAUCAGAAAGUGUAUCCAUUCAGUGUCUUAGUCUGAACAGAGGCUUUCAAUAACACUGUGAACCAGACAACUUACACAUUCUUUAACAUUCAUGUAUUCAAAUCCAUAGUCUACAAAAUUAUUAUAUAAACCAACAAUAUUCUCUCCCUCUUUCUCCCAAGUGAUCAGCUGACUACCUAAUGCUCAGCUUUGAAUAAUAUUAUGUGUCAUGUUAAUGUUGAAUCUUCCACCGUAAUAUUGAAUUUCUAUGCAAUCCUCCUCAGCUCCGCAGAGUACACCCAAAAGGAGUUCACCCAAUAGGAGUUCACCCAAAAGGAGUACACCCCAAAAAACUGUAUCACCGAGAAUUAAACCACCUGCUAGUUUAAACGGCACUAAACCAACAGGUAGAUAUUAUGCACUGUGUCUCUAUGUACGUGCUAACAGUAGAUGUAGCCCCUGAGCUAGCUAUGCCUGCUAGUUAAUGAUCCCAUCUCUGCUUCUUUCCUUUUCCUUUUUUCGACGGUAGCCAUUUUGUUUUGUAUUUUGGGCCCUGGUUACAGACACCCCUCGGUGCUGAUCAGGCUUGCGCUGCAUGCUCCCAUGCUGAUUGGGGGACUCCCCGCCUAGCAUGUGAACGUACCAUGGCCCUCCCUUCACAGCUGUUCUCUUCUAGUUGUUUGUUUGAAAAGAAAAUGGAGAAACAAUCCCAGCCUUGUUGUGUUAGCUUGGCCGCUAAUGGGUUAUGUGGCCUGGAUCUAUAAAGAGACUCAGCAAUCGCUCGCUCAUUCUCCCAGCUCGUUACAUUGAGUCAGAGUGCUUUUUGUGCCGUCACUGACGUAGGAGAUGGUACAAGUUAACCUAGAUACUCUGUGUUGUUGUUUUUAUCGCACUGCUUUGCUUUAUCUUGGCCAGGUCGCAGUUGUAAAUGAGAACUUGUUCUCAACUGGCUUACCUGGUUAAAUAAAGGUGAACAAAAAAAAAAAAAAAAAACAUCAAGUACUCUUUGGUUAAGAUAUGUGUUUUUCUGCCCUGAAUGAUAGAACACAGCUUAUUAGCUUUGUUUGGGUUCACGGCAGGGAUGCAGUGCAUGAUCUGUCUGAACUGACUCAUAGCAAUGAUGAAAUAUGAUCUUUUUCACCAGCACACCCAAUACCAUAUCAUCGGCCAACUGCAUAUUUUUUCCCCCCUUUCUCGUUUAGGUUCUGACACGGUAGUUUUUAUGUUGGUAUUUAAGUGCAUGCGGUUUGAGCCUUUCAUUAUCAGUCAAUGGGAGGAAUUCAGCAGCUGCAGUCAGUUAGAGAAUGUUUGUAAGGCCGGCACAUAGAGGAGCUGAAAAAGACUGGUUAUCAGGGAUUGCUGUCUAUUGUAAAUUGAAAAUUGAUGAUGAGGGUAGUCACCCUAGCAUAAAAACCUCAGCAUGGAAACUGAUAGCAAUUGGUUUUUAUUGUGUGCCUUUUCUCAUAAAUCUGGAGCAUGGUAUUUUGUUAGGUGCUUACUGUUGUGACUGAAACCCUUGAUGAUAUCGAUUUUAAUAUAUAAUACUGCUUAUGAGAUGCUAUGAGCUUCUCAUUUCAAACCACAUAAUGAUUAUGGAGUAUUGGCUUUAAUUACAGAUCAAGGCUAAUAUCUGAAAGAAAGGCUCUGACGUUGAUAAUAAUAUUGUUAUUAUCAAUGGGAAUGGGAUUUAAUGCGUGUUUUUAGGUUUAUCUUCUAUGGUUGUGAUGACUAUGCUGAUACAACCUGCAGCAUAUUACAUUCACCCUCCAACCUGCAAACCUGCAAUAUUGUCUCAGUUAGAGGAAAAUGAUGAUUCCUUAAUGGAAAAUGAUGUGUGUGUGUGUGUGUAUGUGUGUGUGGGUAUGUGCGCGCCUGUGUGCGUGCGUGUGCGUGCAUGUGCAUCUAUGUGCAUGCUUCAGAGAUGGGCUCGGACCUAUACGGAAGGGCGAAGGGCAUUGCCGUGAGCGACCUCAUCACCACGGUGACACCGGAGAAAAAGGUGGAGGAGAGGAGGGCGGAGGAAGAGGUGGAAGUAGAGGUGCAGGUGGAGGUGGAGCUGGAGGAGGAGGACGAGACCACAAUAGCCACCGAGAUCUCUCAGCCAAGUCCAACCUCUCCCAUUCGACAUGACACCAAGGUAUAGUUCUCCACACCCAAUCAAUUAUCUCUGUCCUCAGUCCACCCCUGAGCUCUCUCUAUAAUACAUUCAAACAAAUUCCUCUGAGUGCCCAGAUUCCACUCUGAAAAUGAAAGCUGUUUAAUGCCGGAGCCCAGAGUGUAACCUAGCUAGUGCCAGCCAGAGCUAUUCUGUCAGACAGACUAGAGCCAGGUGGCCAUCAGUUUUCUAAGGUAGUGAAGCAGCACAUAUCUCAUUGUUUAGGAAUGGCGUCCUGUGCUUUUAUGCUCUGCCACGCUCUCUAUCAGGUAGGCAGGGCCAUGAUAACUCACUAAUGGAUAACUCCGAGUCCCCGAACCUGAACCGUCUCUACUCUGGCCGAAGGGCAACUUCAGAUCAGUGCCAGAAGACUCAGAGACAGGCAGGGCCAGACUAUUUCAAAUGUAGAAAUUAAAAGGGCUUGUUUAGAUGUGCUGUUCAUUCGUUGUGCAUAUUGAUGACGAGGAGCUAAAACUGAAUAAACUUUGGCAGAUGUAAUGUCUAUAGUUACUAGUUACCUAGGAGAAGAGUUCUUAGUAGAGUCAUAAUGUUUAUUGUGAAAGGGCAAACUGUUAACUGUAAUUGAAUUUGUGAGGAAAAUUGAUAAGGCGGGAGAGCAACCUCAAACUGGUGGAGUCAUCUGUAAUAUAUUUUAAUGAAAUGAUGUUGACAUAGGUCGUCUGAAUAUGUUUUAAUGCAUUUCCUGUUGUUUUUUACCCCGAAAAUGGUUUAUCGUCACUACUUUGUUGAACCUCUUUGCUAAUGGCUAAUGUUUGGGUAAAUAUGAGAUCUGGGUAAUCCUACAUUCAACCCUAACAACCACAGUUCUCUUUCUCCUCACGCUUUUCCAUUGGAUGUUCUAUUGUUGUGUUACUACUAAACAGACUGAACUGACAGACACUGGGGUCGAUGGCGAACUGACAGCCACUGAGGUUUGUAACAUGGGUAGUCACUAGUCACCUCAACUCUCAUCUCUUCUUGUAGAAGUCUUACGUUCUUUAGUUUCACAUUUCUAUUUCAACAAUAUCGGAUUGUCUGAUUAUCCAUUCAAUGCAUUGUUAUUUGAUAGUUUCUCUUAUAAGCUAUAACCUGUUGUGUUAUAUUCCUGUUUUGAAAUCAAAUUCCCUCUCUGUGCUUCCCAUGCUGCCAGUCGGACCAAGAGGAUGAGUCUGAGUUAAAGACACAGGUAUACUAACUAGUGUAUGGUGCCUUAACACUCAUUUCAUCCACAGCUCGUCAAACGACCAUUUCAUCCACAACCUGUGAACCCGGGAUUCAAAAUCACUGUAGGCUCCACAAUCAAGACCUGCAAUCUAUGAGGAGAUAUGGAUUUUAUAUGCAAUAACAUCUAAAUUACUGUCAUUUCCUUUCCAGAACAGUUUCAUAAGGCGAAUAAAGGGAGAGAAUGUGUUUGUCAGACAUAGUGUGCUGAUGUUAGAGGUUGGUACAGUAUGGAACGCCAGUCUAGUGCAUGGUGAUUGGUGACGUUUUGGUCAAGGACUAGGUUUGGACAGUAACAGUGGAUUUCCCAUUUUGACCAUAAUAACAUAUUGUUUUGAACUGUCCAAUGUUGAUUCACUAGCUAACAUACUUAGUAAGCACAGAGUGUUUUGGGGUGAUUUCGUUUUUUGCUGUAAUACAUUAACAUGAGAUGCUAGAUUGGGAGUUAUUGCUUAUAAAUAGAGAAUAAGAUGAAUUAAGGUUCAAUUGAUGUCUAUUAAUAUUUCUUUACAAAGAGUUGAAUCCUAACUUUCACUUCAGUCAAAAUUGUAUUUGUUCAUGCAUUGAUGUCAAUGUGAGACAUUUAUGAUUCACCACAAAAUGUGGAUAAUUCAUAAGUACACAAGAGUGGCAAAUGCAUUGCAGUGUUCUUUUGAAUGCAUGUUCUGCCUGUUUCGGCUAGAUUAUGAUAUUAUACUGUAUAUUCAGCUCAUUACACUUCACCUGUGAAUAUAAUAUAAACAGACAUGAAAUUAAUGGAUAUUAUAUUUGUCAAUCUGUCACCAAGACGAUACUUAGGCAUGCUACUUCAGUAGCAGCACACAAGCGGCACUCACAAAGAUUCAGAACCGUAAUUUGCAAGUGGAGGAGUCUCACAAUACACCGUUGAUUUUCUAUUGCAUUUGCAUUGCAGAACUCAUUCACUACCUCAUUUUGUUUUUAAAGGAUUGGUUUGUAGCUUGCUGAUUAGCGUCCAGUAGCAUGAUUUUUUCAAUAGAAUGUUAUUUUCAGUAUUGUUCAAAACAUGGACAUACUGUAAAUGUUAAACAGCCUUAAAGAAGACGACACAACACUACUAUGUUAAAUUGAUAUCCAUACACAUUUAACAUUUAAACUCUAGAAUUAGCAGUAGCAUCAGUCAAAUGACUUAUUCUUCUCUUUCUGUUCCUCAGGACACAGUGGGCACACCGGAGGAGCUGUUGAAACACGCAACCAACAUCAGCGAGCUCAAGAGGUCGUUCCUGGAGAUGUGUGCAGACACGGCCGGCCUCACCGAGUGGGAGAAGAGACUAUCCUCGUCCCCCCUGCGCUCGCCGCGUCUCGACGAAGCCCCUAUGAUCGAACCACUGGAGCUCGAUGAAGUACCGGUAAGUUCACUUUCAAAUCGGAGAGGGACAGAAUAGAGGGGGGGGGGGGACAUCCAUAUAGUGUUUAGAGACCCCUGUGUUUUAAUAAAACAUUUAGUAGAACCUCAGUGGGUGAAAACACGUAAAAUUACAAAUCUGGUAACAUGUAAUCCAUCGGUGGCCAUUAUGCUGCCUUUUGUUCCAACCUUGCAAUAACACACCUGAUUCUACUAAUCAGCUGCUCCUUAGCUCCUUGAUACGCUGAAUCAAGUUUUUUUUAAACUAAUGGAUGUACAGACACUACUAUCCUGACAUAAAGAUAAAUAACAUCCUUGCUUUUGAUAGGACAUGAUUUGAAGGUUGAGAUGUGUCUGCUGCAGUGUGAGAAGUUAAGAGAUGUGUCUGCAGGAGUGUGAGAAGGUUGAGAUGUGUCUGCUGCAGUGUGAGAAGGUUGAGAUGUGUCUGCUAGAGUGUGAGAAGGUUGAGAUGUGUCUGUUGGAGUGUGAGAAGGUUGAGAUGUGUCUGCUAGAGUGUGAGAAAGUUGAGAUGUGUCUGCUUGAGUGUGAGAAGGUUGAGAUGUGUCUGCUAGAGUGUGAGAAGGUUGAGAUGUGUCUGCUAGAGUGUGAGAAGGUUGAGAUGUGUCUGCUAGAGUGUGAGAAGGUUGAGAUGUGUCUGCUAGAGUGUGAGCACAGGUUGUUUAGGGGGAAAGAGAUUAAUGAGAUCCCUCCUCUCCUUGUCAUGUCUCAGGAGACUGGGGCCUCUACCGUGUCUCCUUGAAAAGCUACUCAAUAAUUCAUACAGGUGGAGGAGGGUGCUUAACACCCCGCUACUGUAGAUAGAGGGACAAAUGUUACGAAAGAACCGCUGCCUCAUUAUAACAUGUGACAUCUAUACCCUUCCUUCUCCAGUGACAUUUUCAAGUAGCUACCAAGCAUCAACCUGUUUUUCAAUGGAAGUUAAGCCACUAUAAAAGGAAGUGAUUCCAAUGGAGCUCCUUGAUGCAGCCAAAAAGUGUAGGCUACAAUAUCCAACCAUUGAAGCUAAAAGUAGAUACAAGGAGCGCUCGUUGAAAGUACCAGGGUGACAUCAGUAUAGGGCUCGAUUGAUUUUUAGCAGCCUGGCCUGUGAAUGAGUAAUACAUCCUUGUGCUGUAACCUUGCCAAACGGAGGUGGGAAAGAGAGACUCAAGGAAGCAAGCAUCCUCCUCGACUAACCAUUUUAGCAGGGCUAAAAUAAUUUCCCCCCCUAUUGCUAUGGAAAAGCAUGCAGGGACUUCAAAAGGGAGAAGAAACCCCCACCCCUCUGCAUGCAGUGUGUGUGUGUGUGUGUGUGUGUGUGUGUGUGUGUGUGUGUGUGUGUGUGUGUGUGUGUGUGUGUGUGUGUGUGUGUGUGUGUGUGUGUGUGUGUGUGUGUGUGUGUGUGUGUGUGUGUGUGUGUGUGUGUGUGUGUGUGUGUGUGUGUGUGUGCGCGUGCGUGCGUGCGUGUGUAAACAUCAAGCAGUCGGGAGAAUGGCAAUGAUGAUGUAACCAGGGAAAGGAGAUUUUUUUAUUCAUUCAUGUAGCAGCGACGAUAGCAUAUUUCUGCCAGUAUUUAUUUGUGAUUAAAGUAAGUGUGGAAAGGAGCCAAUUCACCCCUCAUCCAAGUCUUGCAACCUUGAUUAAUUCUUUAUUUGUGAGCUACUGGAAGAAGAGGGAAUGUGUCUGCAGAGAAUGUUCUCAUUAAUCCAGACCAAUAUCUCUGUUAUGAACCUCAGAGUGUGAGUUUGUUUGGAGAGAUACUUAAGUCCCAUAGUUACACGCUGUUGUGCCAUGUUUUAUGGAAAUCUCAUAUCACACACACUCUUAUCAAACAGAAUGAGUAAUGAUAUCAGUAAUAGGAUGCAGCCCACAUGCACACGCCUCAAAGCUACUUUCCAUUCUAGUUCAUUCAUGCCGGGCUGUUUGUUUAUGUCUUGUUUUUAUUUUCUAUUCAUGUAGAGCAAAGAGGAUGAGAGAGCCAUGGCUGCAGGCAGUAGCAUUGAGGAGGAGAUCAAUCACAGCCCUGUGGAUACUAAGACUACUGUGGUAGGUAGCCAGGAUAUCAAUCACAGCCCUGUGGAUACUAAGACUACUGUGGUAGGUAGCCAGGAUAUCAAUCACACUACAUACUGUAUACACUACCGGUCAAAAGUUUUAGAACACCUACUAAUUCAAGGGUUUGUCUUUAUUUUUACUAUUUUCUACAUCGUAGAAAAAAAGUGAAGACAUCAAAACUAUGAAAUAACACAUAUGGAAUCAUGUAGUAACCAAAAAAGUGUUAAACAAAUACAAAUAUAUUCUAUAUUUGAGAUUCUUCAAAUAGCCACCCUUUGCCUUGAUUACAGCUUUGCACACUCUUGGCAUUCUCUCAACCAGCUUCAUGAGGUAGUCACCUGGAAUGUAUUUCAAUUAACAGGUAUGCCUUCUUAAAAGUUAAUUUGUGGAAUUUCUUUCCGUCCUAAUGCAUUUCAGCCAAUCAGUUGUGUUGUGACAAGGUAGGGGGGGGGGGGUAUACAGAAGAUAGCCCUAUUUGGUAAAAGACCAAGUCCAUAUUAUGGCAAGAACAGCUCAAAUAAGUAAAGAGAAACGACAGUCCAUCAUUACUUUAAGACAUGAAGGUCAGUCAAUACGGAACAUUUCAAGAACUUUGAAAGUUUCUUCAAGUGCAGUCGCAAAAACCAUCAAGCGCUAUGAUGAAACUGGCUCUCAUGCGGACCGCCACAGGAAUGGAAGACCCAGAGUUACCUCUGCUGCAGAGGAUAAGUUCAUUAGAGUUACCAGCCUCAGAAAUUGCAGCCCAAAUAAAUGCUUCACAGAGCAAUGAACAUUAGAUGGGUGGAAAUGUGUCCUUUGGUCUGGAGUCCAAAUUGGAGAUUUUUGGUUCCAACCGGCGUGUCUUUGUGAGUCGUGGUGUGGGUGAACGGAUGAUAUCUGCAUGUGUAUUUCCCAUCAUAAAGCAUGGAGGAGGAGGUGUUAUGGUGUGGGGGUGCUUUGCUGGUAACACUGUCUGUGAUUUAAUUAAAAUUCAAGGCACACUUAACCAGCAUGGCUACCACAGCAUUCUGCAGCGAAAUGCCAUCCCAUCCGGUUUGGGCUUAGUGGGACUAUCAUUUGUUUUUCAACAGGACAAUGACCCAACACGCCUCCAGGCUGUGUAAGGGCUAUUUUACCAAGAAGGAGAGUGAUGGAGUGCUGCAUCAGAUGACCUGGCCUCCACAAUCCCUCGACCUCAACCAAAUUGAGAUGGUUUGGGAUGAGUCGGAUCGCAGAGUGAAGGAAAAGCAGCCAACAAGUGCUCAGCAUAUGUGGGAACUCCUUCAAGACUGUUGGAAAAGUAUUCCAUGUGAAUCUGGUUGAGAGAAUGCCAAGAGUGUGCAAAGCUGCCAUCAAGGCAAAGGGUGCCUACUUUUUUGGUUACUACAUGAUUCCAUAUGUGUUAUUUCAUAGUUUUCAUGUCUUCACUAUUCAUCUACAACGUAGAAAAUAGUAAAAAUUAAGAAUAUCCUUGAAUGAGUAGGUGUUCUAAAACUUUUGACCGGUAGUGUAUAUGCUGGUUCAGCUAUCUCUAUUUGAUUGGAAAACCUUCAUCUCUGCUGCUUGGUUAGAUUACUAUGAAUUAUUAACGUGUCUUACACAUUUAACCGAAGAUCCAUAUGGGAGUGUAGGACUAGAAUCCUAUGUUAUUCAUUGUCAGCAGUGGAUGACAACAUACAGUGGGGAAAAAAAGUAUUUAGUCAGCCACCAAUUGUGCAAGUUCUCCCACUUAAAAAGAUGAGAGAGGCCUGUAAUUUUCAUCAUAGGUACACGUCAACUAUAUGACAGACAAGUUGAGAAGAAAAAAAUCCAGAAAAUCACAUUGUAGGAUUUUUAAUGAAUUUAUUUGCAAAUUAUGGUGGAAAAUAAGUAUUUGGUCACCUACAAACAAGCAAGAUUUCUGGCUCUCACAGACCUGUAACUUCUUCUUUAAGAGGCUCCUCUGUCCUCCACUCGUUACCUGUAUUAAUGGCACCUGUUUGAACUUGUUAUCAGUAUAAAAGACACCUGUCCACAACCUCAAACAGUCACACUCCAAACUCCACUAUGGCCAAGACCAAAGAGCUGUCAAAGGACACCAGAAACAAAAUUGUAGACCUGCACCAGGCUGGGAAGACUGAAUCUGCAAUAGGUAAGCAGCUUGGUUUGAAGAAAUCAACUGUGGGAGCAAUUAUUAGGAAAUGGAAGACAUACAAGACCACUGAUAAUCUCCCUCGAUCUGGGGCUCCAUGCAAUGACCUGUGUCAUUGCCAACAAAUGGUAUAUAACAAAGUAUUGAGAAACUUUUGUUAUUGACCAAAUACUUAUUUUCCACCAUAAUUUGCAAAUAAAUUCAUAAAAAAUCCUACAAUGUGAUUUUCAGGAGAAAAAAAAUCUCAUUUUGUCUGUCAUAGUGUCACACCCUGGCUCUGGGGACUCUAUAUGUUGAGCCAGGGUGUGUAGAUUCAUUGUGUUUUUGUUCUAUGUUCACAGUCUAGUAUUGUAUUUCUAUGUUGGCCAGAGUGGUUCCCAAUCAGAGGCAACGAGUGUCAGCUGUUGCUGGUUGUCUCUGAUUGGGAGCCAUAUUUAGACAGGCUGUUUUCCCACAGGUGUUGUGGGAUCUUGUUCCUUUUGGUUUGUUCCGUGUUGGUUGUUUAACCUAGGACGUCACGUUAUUCAUUUAUUGUUUUGUUCGUGUUAUCACUUUGGAUAAUAAAGUAUGUUUGCCUUCAACGCUGCGCCUUGGUCUACUCCGUUCAACGAUCGUGACAGAAGAUCCCACCAUACCAGGACCAAGCAGCGUGUCCAGGAGCAGGCAGCCUGGACGUGGGAACAGAUAUUGGACGGGCAGGGGUCCUGGACCUGGGAGGAAAUCCAGGCCGGGAUGGAUCGCCGUCCAUGGAAGGAAAUGGUGGAGGCGCGACGGAGAGAGGAGCAACGGCGUCAACAGGGUCGUCGUCGGACGGACGAGAGGCAACCCCAAAUAAAUUUUAGGGGGGGGCACACGGCAUGGGCGACGGGGCAGCAGGAGGCAGCUACAGGGCGUAUUAGGAGGUUAGGUGAGGAGGCCACCAGGUUAAGGGGGCUAUUGGUCCAGAGGGAGCAGGAAUUAGUGGUUCAGAGGGUGGAGCUACUGGAGGCGAUAAGGGAGAAGGUGAGAGUAGAGGCACGGCGAGAGGAACUGUGUAGGCAGCUGAGGGAGCGGAGGGUUAUGACGAAACCCAGUCCCGCUCCUCACACCAAGCAAGUGGUGUGCGUCACCAGUCCGGUCCGGCCCGUACCUGCUCCCCGCACUAAGUUGAUGGUGCGCGUCGCCAGCCCGGCCUGUUCCUGCCCCUCGCACCAAGCCUACGGUGCGCGUCGCCAGCCCGGCCCGGCCUGUUCCUGCUCCCCGCACCAACCUAAUGGUGCGCGUCGCCAGCCCGGCCCGGCCUGUUCCUGCCCCUCGCACCAAGCCUACGGUGCGCGUCGCCAGCCCGGCCCGGCCUGUUCCUGCUCCCCGCACCAAGCUAAUGGUGCGCGUCGCCAGCCCGGCCCGGCCUGUUCCUGCUCCCCGCACCAAGCUAAUGGUGCGCGUCGCCAGCCCGGCCCGGCCUGUUCCUGCUCCCCGCACCAAGCUAAUGGUGCGCGUCGCCAGCCCGGCCCGGCCUGUUCCUGCCACUCGCACCAAGCCUACGGUGCGCGUCGCCAGCCCGGCCUGGCCUGUUCCUGCCACUCGCACCAAGCCUACGGUGCGCGUCGCCAGCCCGGCCCGGCCUGUUCCUGCCACUCGCACCAAACCUACGGUGCGCGUCGCCAGCCCGGCCCGGCCUGUUCCUGCCACUCGCACCAAACCUACGGUGCGCGUCGCCAGCCUGGCCCGGCCUGUUCCUGCCACUCGCACCAAACCUACGGUGCGCGUCGCCAGCCCGGCCCGGCCUGUUCCUGCCACUCGCACCAAACCUACGGUGCGCGUCGCCAGCCCGGUCCGGCCCGUUCCUGCUCCACGCACCAAGCCAGGGGUGCGCAUCGUCAGCCCGGUACGGCCCGUUCCGGCUCCACGCACCAAGCCAGGGGUGCGCAUCGUCAGCCCGGUCCGGCCCGUUGCUGCUCCACGCACCAAGCCAGGGGUGCGCAUCGUCAGCCCGGUCCGGCCCGUUCCUGCUCCACGCACCAAGCCAGGGGUGCGCAUCGUCAGCCCGGUCCGGCCCGUUCCUGCUCCACGCACCAAGCCAGGGGUGCGCAUCGUCAGCCCGGUCCGGCCCGUUGCUGCUCCACGCACCAAGCCAGGGGUGUGCGUCGUCAGUCCGGCACAAUCCGUGCCUGGGUCACCGGUGCCUGGUCAGGUACCGGUCAGCUGCUCCACACCGGAGCUUAAGCAAUCCGCUCCUACGAUGUCCAGUCCAGCUCCAGCCAGCGGGGCCAGACCGGACCAGGGGCGCUACGGGGGGAUUAUUGGAGGGUGGUGGGCAAGCCCGGAGCCGGAACCGCCUCCGAGGAGGAAUGCCCACCCAGCCCUCCCCUGUUUGGUUUAUGUUAAGGCGCGGUCGCAGUCCGCGCCUUUGGGGGGGGGUACUGUCACACCCUGGCUCUGGGGACUCUAUAUGUUGAGCCAGGGUGUGUAGAUUCAUUGUGUUUUUGUUCUAUGUUCACAGUCUAGUAUUGUAUUUCUAUGUUGGCCAGAGUGGUUCCCAAUCAGAGGCAACGAGUCAUAUUUAGACCGGCUGUUUUCCCACAGGUGUUGUGGGAUCUUGUUCCUUUUGGUUUGUUCCGUGUUGGUUGUUUAACCUAGGACGUCACGUUAUUCGUUUAUUGUUUUGUUCGUGUUAUCACUUUGGAUAAUAAAGUAUGUUUGCCUUCAACGCUGCGCCUUGGUCUACUCCGUUCAACGAUCGUGACACAUAGUUGACGUGUACCUAUGAUGAAAAUUACAGGCCUCUCUCAUCUUCUUAAGUGGGAGAACUUGCACAAUUGGUGGAUGACUAAAUACUUUUUUCCCCCACUGUAGGUCUACUGUAAAUUAGCUAUACGUAGAGACCGGUUGUAAAGAGCCACUGAACACGCCGAUUGGCACUGUGUUUUUCUGUUGCUCAUUAGAAAACAAAAUGUCAGUCUUGGAGGUGUGUUUCCUGAACGAUUCAGCGUUUGGUGAAACAUGUUUGUCCCCGAUGAGACACAGCCUAUUUCACUUGUUCAAAAUCCCCUGAAUGAAUCUAAGUUAACUCAAGAAAUCUAUAAUUAAUUUUGACGUUUUUGACGAGGAUGUUUUAGUUUUAGUUUAAUUUUACAACUAACUAAGGUGUUUUGUGCAGUAUUUCUCAAUUUAAAAAAUGCACGACAUGUUGUCUUAUGUAAACAAAAUCGGGCUGCUGGGCAGGUCUGUCUCAUUGUCUAUGCUAUUGGAUAGAGAGCAAUCACCGCAGCUGUUCACCCCAUGUUAGUGCGCAAAUGGACAUUGUCAAAUCAAAACCCAACCUUCAUUUACCCGUUGUGACGCACGGAUGUUCCAAACACCGUUUUAGACAACUUACUUUAUGACCAAAAUUAUCCUAUUUACACUUUGUAGUCAAUUUUAAUACUAGAAUAACUCUUUCUGACUCAUAUCGAUGCCACAUUGGCCAUUUUCAAAAGGAUUUGUUGCUUUUUAAAGGCAGUCACUCUUUAACAACACACUAGCAACUAAGAACUGUGAUCUAUGUUGCUGUCUAUGUUCAUAUUGUCUAUGAUCUAUGUUGCUUGCAAGUCUAAAGUAGCUGCUUUAAGAAUUGCUCUUCUUGGGACUGCCACUGGAAGUCCUUCUCCCCCAUUGAACUGCAGGUUGGCAUUUAUUUUCAUGAAUAUUUCCCUGGAGGCAGCGCUGCAGAGUGGUCACUAGUCUUUUUUUUGUUUUUUAAACCUAACCCUAACCUUAACCACACUGCCUACCCUAAUGUCUAACCCUAACCUUAAAUUAUGCCUAACCCAAAUUGCCUAAUCCAAAUUUUUGUUUUCAUGAAUGUUUACGAUAUAGCCAAUUUUGACUUUACAGCUGGCCCAUCUAGUGGAAAUCGCUCAGUUCUGCCUCCAGGGAAAGAUUCAUUACAAUAAACGUCAACCUGCAAUUGAACUGGCUAACCCCAGUCUUUGUAUGUAUCUUGUAUGUAGGAUUCUGACGGGUGGGUAAUAGUAAGUAAAGUCCCUCCUAAGGUAUCCGAAAAGAAAAACAUUGUCAACUAUAAAGUUAUGACCGUCACUAACACUGUGGCUGAAGGAGCGCUCGCCGGCACCAGUGGUGGCGUAAUCGGCAAGGAGUUGAAACCGUAUGAGAGCUUCCACAGCGAACUCACCUCCAAAACCGAGGAGAUGAGAGAGAAGAACUAUACCCUGGGCAAGUCCUACGACACCAUGUCAGGCAAGAUCGUCACCAUGACAACACGGGCCAAAGAUGGCGGGGAGGCGGCGGCGGCUGCUCCGGCGGUGUUCGCCAGGGAGCUGAAGAGGGCGGCAGACCAAUCCACCACCACAGUGAAGAUCAUCCCGGUGUCGACUGAGUAUGAGAUGCCAGUGUUGGUCCACAUGGGUCUCCCGCCCCAGGAGGGAAUCGGACCCCCCAUGAUUACCAUCAAGGAGGCCAGGACGCCCUCUCCAUCCGAGCCCAGUGACGGUGCGCUGGGCCUGGGCGCCAUGCGGACCGUGGUGUCCAUCCACUCCAGCCAGGACAUCAGUGAUGCCGCAAGGGCGGACAGCAGGAAGCAGCUGAGGGAGACUUUUCUCCUGGGAGACAGGAGCACCACCCCUGUUGCGCCUCACACGCCACUCUCGCCGCGCUCCCCCAUGGCCAAGUCACCUAUGGCAAAGUCUCCCAUGACAAUGCCCAAGCCUCCAACAGCGGAUCUGCGUCUGAGCCCCGGCCCCGUGUCCUAUCUAUCCAGAACCCCAUCGCCCUCCAAAGUGGUAGGAUGAUAUGACACCCCUCCCCCAAAAAUGCCUGAAGCCCCCCCCCCCCCAUCCAUACCCAAAAUUUAUUUUUUAAAAGCUAGUCCCGCCCCUGUCUGCCUGGUCUUCGUAUCUACUGCAACAAGGCCAGACCCGGAGCUGUUUUGCACUCGACUGAAUGCUUGGGAGUCUCUUUCUUUCUAUCGUUUGCUCUUUUUAGUUGGACACAAAUCCCUUAGCCACGGUAUUUGGUGUAAUUUGUUCACUGCUUUCCUAAGCCAAACUUGCUGCCUCAUGGGCACUGGCGUUUGUUUACCCCUUUCAUUUCGAUUUAUAAAUGAAAAUCGGGUUUCGUUUUAAGCUGGUUGCCUAUGCUGCUAGCCACACCAAAUGAAUGCUUUACACUUUGGCUUAUGGUACGGUACGGUAUACUAUGGUUUGUAUGCCACUGACUGCUUCAGCCCUGCCACUUUUAAUUUGACUUCCCUUGGUAUGCACUCUCUGAACUCUCGGCUGCUUGAUCUGAGAUGAUGAUAUGGGCCCUAUUCAUAAGAGGAGACAUCCUGACUCACAAGACAUACUUGUCUGUCUCAUCUAUUGCCUUUGUGACUGACAUUCUCAAGAGAUGAAAGCCAAAUACUGAGCUGCCAUUAGGUCCCCCUAGCAAAGUUGAUGAAAGCCAAAUACUGAGCUGCCAUUAGGUCCCCCUAGCAAAGAAUUGCUGACGAUGCUCCACUCUUUUGUAGAAGUGCUAUAAAUGUAUAAAAGCUCUAGUGAAGUGAUUGACAUGUCACAGGGUGGUGUUUCUAUCAAUUGCUCAGAAUAGUGUAAUAUAGCAUACAAACAUGGAUUAAAAACCAAAUUGAUAAACACUGGCAUUUUAGCAUAUUCUGACACAAGUUGAUCACUUUAAACCAUUGAAAUCACUCUAGGUUGUGAUUGAUAGAAUACUUUAAGAGUACUUAAGAAUUAAAUCUUAACAUUUCGUACAAACCCAAUCUUCUCAAACCCAAUCUUCUAAAAUCAAUCUUCACCUCAAUGCUCUUAUGAAUAAUCCCCACCAACCCCCGUCCCCUGAGCUUGUGUCUGGGGAUUGUGUCAAAGGCCUGUCUGUCUCUCUGUCUCUCCUCCUUUGUAUGUACAGUAUCUAACUGUGUGUGUGUCUCUCUUCUACUCCUGUGUAUGUGUGUACUCCACAUCUCUCUGUCUGCUCAGCCUAAGCCAACCUUUGAGGAGAUGUCCCCGGAGCUCACCGCUCUCUUACAGUCAGCCCGAUAUCAGACCAGCACGCAGGGUUGGACUGCCUCGCCUGCCCAUAGUCAGGCCCUGCUCAAGGUGGCCUCUUAUGCCCUAUGGACAAUAUACAACUUAACAAAUGGGAUAAUAGCAGUGGUAGUGCAUGCAUAUCAUUUAUUUGAUUUGAUUUCAACUUUAUGUAUACAGGUUAUUCACAUUGACAUAACAUCUCUUUUGUUAGAGACCUGUUCAGUAUCUAUACUGUUUGUCCCUGAUGUGUUUGUCCUUGUUGGUGAGGAAAUGUUGUCGCUGUAGCCACUAUGUUGUCUGUCAGGCAUUUCUGUCAUCGCCCCUUGCCUGUUCCCUGUCAGUCCGUCCGUCCUUCCUCCCGAUCAUUAAAACAGAGGACAGGUUUAUGAGGACACAUGGUUUGUCUAGACAGAGGCACCACAUGGUCCUCCGACUUUAUUAAGGAGGAAUGUGAGGGCAUUAUCCAGCCGCAUAUUUGAUUUUGCAACCCUACUCCACUUUUAGAACAUAUCGUUACCUGAAAGUGGAAAACAAAGCGAUCAUGCAAUGCACCCAAUUUUAAAUGACAACAUGCAUUCAGAAGAUCACAUCGUUACUAACAUAUAAAGUAACCCAUUCCUGCUGUAUGGAAGCAGAGUCGUGCUAUUUCUCUUUGUUUUAGCAUUUGAUUCCAUACUAGGCCUACAGUAUAUUGAAGUGCACACACAGGUUCAAGAAGACUGACUGUGACGUCUUGUUUGUUUCCUUUGCUAGACAACAGAGAAGAUGGAGCGGAUCAUGCUGCAGACAGAGGUGGUAUCAUCCCAGCAAACAGAAGAGGUUGAGGAUCAGCUGAAAGAACAGCCGGCAGAGGACCAGGAGCCGCCGGUCGAGAAACAGCCUGAGCAGCCUGAGCAGGUAGAGACAGACUCAUUGGGAGGGAUAGAGGACGAUAGGCCUCAGUCCGUGUUUGGGUUUACAGGGACGCGCAUGCAUGAUGAUGACUCGGACGACUCGGACACGCCCAGCGAGGCGAGUGACACUAGCGGAGGCGCUAGUAUAGCCUCCACGGAGCCUACCCUAACUGCCAUGGCCCAGGCCGCCGUGGACGAGGCUGUAGGGGCGGCGAUGAAGCAGACGGAGGCUGAGGAGGAAACUCCAGGUGGAGGCCUGGGGCUGGACAGUCAGUCGGAGGGAGAGGUGUCAGCAGGCUCAGGUGGAGGCCUGGGGCUGGACAGUCAGUCGGAGGGAGAGGUGUCAGCAGGCUCAGUCUCAGAGGAGGAGAAAGAGAACAGCCAGGACUGGAGAGGGCGCUUUGUGCCCCCCUCCUUCAUGCCCCCCUCUCCUACAGGAGCAUCCUGGCAGAGUCUCAGUGGGGAGGUAGCUGCUGCUAGAGCUCACUCAGAGGUAACACCCCAAAGAGCCCCAACAUUUUCCCUAGUUGUCCAGUAGUACCUCCUCAUAAAGUGCCCUAUCCUCAACUCUCCUUCCCAAAGCUAGCUGAAACUACCCGUCUCACAUUCCUUUUUGCCAAUGCUACUUAGAAAGUGCUCAAUCUAUCCGAGUCUUACCCUCCCAAUCACCUGUAAUAUCACUCGAAAGCGGCUCCCAAAAAUGAUCCCAAUAUUGGCCUCCCGUUUACCUAUAAACCCAAUAAGCAGUAUUACCACUGGAUAAGCUACACAUCUCUCCCAGUCCUGCCCCUCCUCUUCACCAAUAAUAGCAGUCAGCCAUUACAGCCUGUGGAGCUGUGUGUGGUGAUGUGCAGGUGGGGAAAAUAAUGUCCCGGUUUCCUGUUUCCUGUCCUUGUUUCUGCCCACUGGGUUUUCUAUUGGAAAUCAUUACCCUGGCCAGGCAGGCUGUACAUACUGCAAGCUGCAGAUACAAGCUACUGUAUGUAUUACCAAGUAGCAGUAUUGAAAACUGUAGUGGAAGAUUGCAUAGAAGGAGGUCUGUGUGUGUGUCUGUGUGUGUGUCUGUGUGUGUGUGUGUGUGUGUGUGUUGUGUGUGUGUGUGUGUGUGUGUGUGUGUGUGUGUGUGUGUGUGUGUGUGUGUGUGUGUUCGUUCUUGGAGCGGCAAGAUAAACGUUACAUUCGAAUAUUUCGACCUGCACAUUUACACACAGUUUCACAUCGGAAAUGGUCCAUAUCCCUUCCUGACAGUAUUGCCUCAUUUCCCCAAUGUUCCCAUAGAUUACCUUUGUGGCAAUCAUGAGUGGCAAUAAUUGAAAUGUUUUAUGGACACGCGUCUAUGAGAAGCACAGAUUAAAUAGAUAGCAGUCUGCUGCUAUCAAUUAAGUUUUGAGUCCACAGCCAAUUUCAAUUAUAUGGACUGUUUCAGUGAAAGCAAACAGGAAUUGUUUAUAAAUACAUACAAUCCUGCCAUGUAGACCAAUUUGGCCUUCUCCAAAAUGAAUGAAUAGGCUUCCACACAUCCAAGUAAAGCUUCAGCUAAAUAAGACUUACUCAGUGGUGAACUGUGAUGAGUUCUGUCAUGCACGACUCAGACUGACUGAAGUGUAAAUCUCUUUACCUUUGUUCUUUGGUCAGGGUCCAAAAGGUACCUGGGUGAUGCACAGAAGUGUUGUAACCUCUUUCAUCAGGAAAAAAUGUUUUUGUUGUUAGUGUAAACGUUUGACAUUUUCUUUCUUUGUAACACAAAAUCCACCCUUAUUCUUAGCUUUGGGAUUUUAUGUUAUUAUUUGAUGGAAGAUUCAUUUAUUUCAUUUUGAAUAUUUUAUCAGAGAGAGCAUGCAUCUCAUGAAUGGUCCACAAUUAUUCAGACAAUCCUUAAAGGAAAAAUCCACCCAAAACCACGCAUUCCUAUAAUUUACAGUGUUAAAUAACACUAAUAUGUGAGAACAAUAUUUUUUGUGAACAAAUUUUUUAUUUUGUCGUUAUAAUAAGGUUUGUAGCAACAUGUAAAAAUCGUUAUGGAAAUCUGUUGCAGCUUAAGUCGACUACAAAACCUACAAUGCAAUGCUCUCUCUAAGGGCUGGCUGGCUGGCUAGCUACAAUAAUACCAAAGUCAAUAUCAGCAUGUGAAGUAGCUAGUUAGCUGUAAAAUCGCCUAAACAAAAUGCACUGUCAAUUUAGGUGUUAACAAUCUCACCAUGUUCAACCUGCAGAUCGAGGUGCCUCACAGAGUCUGACAUUCACAAUGGCCAUGCAACGGCACCAUGCAAUGCAUCCUGGACUGAAGAGGCAGACAAAUAGGAGAAAUGUACUAGACCCUCUGUUAAACUUCACAUUUCUUGAGGUAGGAAUAUCGCUAAAAUAUGAUCAAUGGCUCGUUCGAAAGAAGACAACCUCCUGCGUUAUGACAUCGGCCAGUAUUGAAAUCUGACAUGUAUGAUAGACGUUUUCACGAUCUAAAAGUCGUAUUCCUAUUAACUUCCAGUGUAGUGAGAGCGGCUUUAUCGCAGUGCUAUGUCAUACCAGCAGAAUUUCUGCCUGCUUGAACGGCAAUAGCUAAUAUACACAUGAAAACAUGAAAUGUCCCAGGGAAGCGAUAGAACAUCACUCAGAGAUGCACAAAAACAAUAUAACAUUCAAAAUGGGUGAAUCUUUCCUUUAAGAGUUUUUCCAUUUUCUUCUCCUGCAUUUUCUAUGACCUUCCAAUAAACUAAUUGCUUGUGUAUGACCUGUAGACAGACGGUGAAAUUCUAAUUGUGUGUGUGUGUGGUCAUGAACAUGUUUGUGCGUAGGGGUACACGAGCCUGUGGCCAUAAGGUAGAAAGAUCUCAUUUUCUGCACCGGUCUAAUUUUGUCUAUCUCUCCAUUUCACCCCUCUUCCUCUCUCUCAGUCAUCUGUGCUGGAGUCUCCAGAGGUCCUGAUCUUCAACAGGGCAGACGUGACGGAGGAGACUGAGACGCUGGUGACCCAGGAGGUACCUGGAAUACACACGGAAAUGAAAACCAUCACAUACCGGUCACUGGAGGUAAAGUUCCUCACAAAACGUCAGGGUUGUUCAGUCUCAUGCUCUAUACUGGUUCUUCUCAUAUACUCCAAUGUGCAUCUUUUUGACCUCAUUCAUUAGGGCAUACAAUAUAAAACCUUUUAAAAUGUUUUGAAACAGAAAACCAAAAUGAGCCCAGGGAGUUCCUCAUUGUUUUAGUCUGUUUUCUUCCGUUUGGUGCCUAAUGAACACGACCCUAUUCUUCUAUCCAAUGGAGAGGAUUAAUUGUGUCUGUUGUUCCAGGGCGACGCUGACACUGAUCCCGAGGCAGGGGUGUUGAUGAGCGCCCAGACCAUCACCUCAGAGACCACCAGCACCACCACAACCACACAUAUCACCAAGGUAGGUACUACCUGACCCGGCCUCAGGGGGCGCCACUGUCAUUCACCAUCAGCAUGAAUGAAUAGGGGCAUGAGUGAAUAGAGCAGGGAUCAUCAACUACACUGAACAAAAAUAUAAACGCAACAUGCAACAAUUUUAAAGAUUUUACUGAGUUACAGUUCAUAUGAGGAAAUCAGUCAAUCAAUUGAACUACAUUCAUUAGGUCCUAAUCUAUGGAUUUCACAUGACUGGGAAUACAGAUAUGUAUCUGUUGGUCACAGAUACAUUUAAAAAAGGUAGGGGCGUGGAUCAGAAAACCAGUCAGUAUCUGGUGUGACCACCAUUUACCUCAUGCAGCGUGACACAUCUCCUUCGCAUAGAGUUGAUCAGGCUGUUGAUUGUGGCCUGUGGAAUGUUGUCCCACACCUCUUCAAUGGCUGUGCGAAGUUGCUGGAUAGUUUUGGGAACUGGAACACGCUGUCGUACACGUCGAUCCAGAGCAUUCCAAACUUGCUCAAUGGGUGACAUGUCUGAUGAGUAUGCAGGCCAUGGAAGAACUGGGACAUUUUCAGCUUCCAGGAAUUGUGUACAGAUCCUUGUGUCAUGGGGCUGUGCAUUAUCAUGCUGAAACAUGAGGUGAUGGUGGCGGAUGAAUGGCACAACAAUGGGCCUCAGGAUCCCGUCAUGGUAUCUCUGUGGAUUCCAAUUGCCAUGGAUAAAAUGCAAUGGUGUUCGUUGUGCGUAGCUUAUCCCUUAUACACAACGUUGACAUCAGCAAACCGCUCGCCCACACGACACCAUACACGCCAUUUUCCCGGUAUAGUUUAAACCGGGAUUCAUCCAUGAAGAGCACACUUCUCCAGCGUGCCAGUGGCCAUCGAAGGUGAGCAUUUGCCCACUGAAGUCGGUUACGACGCCAAACAGUCAGGUCAAGACCCUGGUGAGGACGACGAAGCAGAUGAGCUUCCCUGAAACGGAUUCUGACAAUUUGUGCAGAAAUUCUUUGGUUGUGCAAACCCCCAGUUACAUCAGCUGUCCAGGUGGCUGGUCUCAGACGAUCCCACAGAUGAAGAAGCCAAAUGUGGAGGUCCUGGGCUGGCGUGGUUACACGUGGUCUGCGGUUGUGAGGCCGGUUGGACGUACUGCACAAUUUUCUUAAACGACAUUGGAGGCGGCUUAUGGUAGAGAAAUGAACAUUCAAUUCUCUGGCAACAGCUCUGAUGGACAUACCUGCAGUCAGCAUGCCAAUUGCACGCUCCCUCAAAACUUGAGACAUCUAAGCAUGUGCUUUUUUGUUGUGUGACAAAACUGCACAUUUUAAAGUGGCCUUUUAUUGGCCCCAGCACAAGAUGCACCUGUGUAAUGAUAAUACUGUUUAAUCAGCUUCUUGAUAUGCCACACCUGUCAGGUGGAUGGAUUAUCUUGGCAAAGGAGAAAUGCUCACUAACAGGGAUGUAAACAAAUUUGUGCAAAAAAUUGAGAGAAAUAAGGUUUUUGUGCGUAUGGAACAUUUGUAGGAUCUUUUAUUUCAGCUAAUAAAACAUGGGACAAACACUUUACAUGUUGCGAUUAUAUUUGUGUUCAGUAUAGAUUCAGCCGCAGGCUGAUUGUUUUCUUGAGUGGAUGGUCAGGGGUCCGGAACAUAAUUACAAAUAAUUUGCAGACAAAUUGACCGCAAGAAGCCCAAACAAAUAAUAAUUUCAAACCUUGCCUACAUUUGUAUACGAUCACAUACAUGUACUGUAUCUCUAUUAUGUGUGGGAAUACUUUGGAACAGAUUUCCAAAAUGUAAAUCAUUUGGAGCUGAUUUGCUGGUGUUUUUACAGUUUUUUUAUGUACAAAAUAAAUUACUAAUAAAUUGCUCAAUAAACUUGGGAUCCAAAUAAAGCUGCCAGUUGGGGAACCCUGGAAUAGAGGAUAUGGAUAUCACUGGUCUGUUAGUGGUGUAGCUAUAGAAUUUAACUUACAAGGUGGUUCCUAUGGCUCAGUUGGUUUGAGCUCCCACAUGCUGUAUACCAAAUAUAUUUAAAUAUAGUUCGACUUAGUUGUUCCUUGACUGAAAUGUCCCUUAAAUUCCAUUUGAUUGUUUACCAGACUGUGAAAGGAGGCAUCUCGGAAACGAGGAUAGAGAAGAGAAUCGUCAUCUCUGGGGAUGCAGACAUUGACCAUGACGAGGUAGGAAGACAUUAAUGUCCCCUCACUCUGACACGGUGUGUCCUUUAGCAUGCAAGUAGCCUUACAGCUUUUAAAUAGGCGUAGCUAUGUUAACAACGCAGGUGGUACCUGGAUACAAUGCUGAUAAUAUUGGGUUCCUUACUCAGCGGGCAAUGACAUCAUUAUGGCGUCUUUUAUGAUGUCAUGGUCAGGCUGUAUACUAGUUAUAACAAGUUUUGUUAUCAUCUUUUUAGCAACCAGAAAAAUACGUCUUUAUCAGGUUGUAAUCUGACUAGAUAACAAUAUGACGUCUUUUCCAUCACGUGUUAAUGUUGUCAUGAACAAUACGUAAAAAUAAAAAAAAUAGUAUUUACCUGGUUGCUACAGAAACCAGUUGGUUGUAAUCUGGUUAUAUGGCCGCUUCUCAACCUGAAUAACAGUUUACAACCAGAAAAUGACGUCAAUUAGACAUACAUUUCUAAAUUCUGCCUGCUGGGUACUGUGUUGAGAGAUUUGUAUUUAAGUGACUUAUAGCUCUGUUGUUCAACAGCUGAGGUCCGUGACCGGUAGAUAUACACACACAGUGACGAACGUGUACACACACAGUGACGAACGUGUACACACACCGUGACGAACGUGUACACACACAGUGACGAACGUGUACACACACAGUGACGAACGUGUACACACACAGUGACGAACGUGUACACACACAGUGACGAACGUGUACACACACCGUGACGAACGUGUACACACACCGUGACGAACGUGUACACACACAGUGACGAACGUGUACACACACAGUGACGAACGUGUACACACACAGUGACGAACGUGUACACACACAGUGACGAACGUGUACACACACCGUGAUGAACGUGUACACACACAGUGACGAACAUGUACACACACAGUGACGAACGUGUACACACACAGUGACGAACGUGUACACACACAGUGACGAACGUGUACACACACACAUACUGUGACUAGUCCAACCCUUACCCUUGUGAUUCUGAUCAUGCCCAUUCCACUUUCCUCUCUGUUUCCCUCCAUGGGGUGUUUGGCGUAUUGUCUCUUUAGGCCUUGGCUCAGGCCAUAAAAGAGGCCAAAGAGCAGCACCCUGAUAUGUCAGUGACAAAAGUAGUGGUCCACAAAGAGACUGAGAUCACGCCCGAGGAGGGCGACGAGUGA